AUGACCAACAGCAGUAGCAGCGGCCAAGAGAACACAUCUGUCGUACUCGUUACGGGUGGAACAGGAUUAGUUGGGAGUGCAAUAAACAAAGUGAUCAAUGAGGAGGCUAUUGGAAGUAGAUUUGGGAGACAGCCGAACGAAUCCUGGGUCUUCCUCAAAUCGACUGAUGGCGAUCUGCGCAACUACGCAGAAGCGCGUGCGGUAUUCGCUAAAUACUCCCCGACGCACGUCAUACACCUCGCUGCGAAAGUCGGUGGACUGUUCGCCAACAUGAAAUACAAGUUAGACUUCCUGCGCGAGAACAUGCUCAUUAACGACAAUGUCCUCCACUUGAGCCAUGAAUUUAAGGUACACAAACUUAUAUCUUGCCUGUCCACUUGCGUCUUCCCUGACCAAGUAUCCUAUCCGCUGCGCGAGGAGAGCGUGCACCUAGGACCACCACAUUCAUCUAACUUUGGUUAUGCAUAUGGUAAGCGUAUGAUAGAUGUACAGAACCACGCGUACAACGACCAGUUCGGUAAUCAGUUCACAUCGGCAAUUCCAACGAAUAUCUUUGGUCCUAAUGACAACUACAGCUUGGAAUACGCGCACGUUAUACCCGCCCUGAUACACAAGUGCUACCUCGCAAACAAGGAGAAGAAGCCAUUCGUGGUGAUGGGUUCGGGUAAGCCGUUACGGCAGUUUAUCUACUCGUUGGAUCUCGCUAGGCUAUUCAUAUGGCAGCUGCGCGAGUAUCAUUCUAUCGAACCUGUCAUUCUCUCUGUAGGGGAGAAUGAGGAGGUGAGUAUAAAAGAGGUGGCUGAUGCUGUCGUUAAGGCUGUUGGAUUCCAAGGAGAGUAUGUCCUUGACACCAGCAAACCAGAUGGACAGUAUAGGAAGCCUGCGUCUAACGACAAGCUGAUGAGGUGCAUCGGUAACUUUCAAUUCACCCCAUUUGAAAAGGCUUUGGAGGAGAGCGUGGAUUGGUUUGUUAGGAAUUACGACAGCCUUAGAAAGGCUGAUAACGAAGACCUUAUUGAUUACGAGGAGGAGGAAGUCGCACCACAGCAGCAGCAGGAGCAGCAACCCGCGCAGCCUACAGAAGAAGGAAAGGAUAAGAAGGGCUCUUACGUUGGCAUACACUCCACUGGAUUCAGAGAUUUCCUCUUAAAGCCUGAAUUGCUGCGAGCAAUCUCAGAUUUGGGUUUUGAGCAUCCUUCAGAAGUUCAACAAGAGUGUAUUCCACAGGCUAUUCUCGGUAUGGAUGUUGUAUGCCAGGCAAAAUCUGGUAUGGGUAAGACUGCUGUCUUCGUUUUGGCGUCUUUGCAGCAAUUGGAGCCAGUUGACGGUGAAGUCUCUGUCAUCGUCCUCUGCCACACUAGAGAACUCGCUUAUCAAAUCAAAAAUGAGUACGGCAGAUUCUCAAAGUACGUGCCAAACGUCAGAACCUCCGUCUUCUUUGGUGGUACUCCAGUCGCAGCCGAUCAAGAAAUACUCAAAAACAAGGAAAAAUGUCCUCAUGUUAUCGUUGGUACACCUGGUAGAAUUAACGCUUUAGUUAGAGAUGGUAGCUUGAAUGGUAAGGCUAUAAAACACUUUGUUCUCGAUGAGUGUGAUAAAAUGCUCGAUCAAUUGGAUAUGAGAAGGGAUGUACAGGAAAUAUUCAAAGCUACACCACAUCACAAGCAGGUCAUGAUGUUUAGUGCCACCCUCUCGAAAGAAAUUAGACCAGUCUGCAAAAAAUUCAUGCAAUCUCCACUGGAAAUCUACGUCGACGAUGAAACUAAACUUACAUUGCACGGCUUACAACAGCACUAUGUGAAGUUAUCUGAAUCAACAAAGAAUCGCAAGCUGAACGAUCUCCUCGAUAGCCUCGACUUCAACCAAGUCGUCAUCUUUGUUAAAUCAACACUCAGAGCUAACGAACUAGACAAAUUACUUAGAGAGUGCAACUUCCCAUCAAUUUGCAUACACUCUAGAAUGAGCCAAGACGAGAGAAUUGCGAGGUACACCAAAUUCAAGCAGUUUGAGUCUAGAAUCUUGGUUGCAACUGAUAUCUUUGGUAGAGGUAUCGAUGUUGAGAGAGUAAACAUUGUCGUCAACUACGAUACACCAACAGAUGCCGACUCAUACCUUCACAGAGUAGGUAGAGCAGGUAGAUUCGGUACAAAGGGUCUAGCAAUCACUUUCGUUUCUACUGAGGACGAUGACAAUGUACUCAAAGCAAUCCAGUCCAGAUUCGAGGUUGCAAUUCCAGAGCUCCCAGAGACUCUUGAAGCCUCAACUUACAUGACGUCCUAA